AUAAUGCAUGGCAGGGGACAAAGGGUGAUGGAUGAAGGCGGGCCAAGAUUCCAGAGACGAGAGAAGCGGGUUCUCGCCGACCCUGCCAAUCCAACCCCUCCCGCCCUUGUCUCAACUCGCUGCUUCCCGUCGCCCGUUGAAGGAUGCUGAGAAUCGGAGACCCUCCCAGGCCGCUGGUGGGGGGCGCCACCAAAUUGAGCAAUUAAUCACGAAGCCAAAAGAUCAAUGGACAACGCCAGCCCUGAACUGCCAUGUAUCUGGUGUAUACCAAUGGGGCAGGCUGGGAAAGACCUGUCCCGCUGGCGGGCUGGUUGGUUACGUUGCUUUUCCUCAUUAUUGACGAUUAUUGCCCACCGAUCCCAUCGCCUAGACCCAGCCCGAAGCACAGAUUGGAAUUGCUUGCACUGCACUGGAUCUCGAUCCCCACUUAGGGCACCCAUCAUCCAUUCACUUCCAUCGCCAUUUGAUAGUGUCGCUUUAUAUUUACCGCAUUGCUUUUUCGCCCAACCCCGACACCUCUCGGGGACCCGUCCUUACCCUGUCAUCGUGAUAUGUCUUAGACCCAGGGGGCCUGACUUGUUGUCUUGCUUCGACACCCCUAUUGGACAUGUUCCUCCUUCCCGUCCUUGGGGAUACGAGCCAAAGCGGCUCACACUUGCGACAUGGCACCUUAAAUAGAAAUGAGGACCAUUUUUGAGUCACCGGUGCGCCAGGCAGGAGGGUCCGAGGGGUUGCAACUUGCAACAGGUUGGGGUUGAGUCUCGUCUACUGUUGAAGUCUUGAUAGACUAUGCUUCAAUGGCAGACAGUGAAACUGACCAAAGAAUAUCCAGGGACCAUCCGCGCUAAUCCAGUCAUAGUACGUGGCAUGCCA